AUGAUGGAACAUUCAAAUUCAUUGCUUUUAAAUGAAGAGGCGCUGAGUUCUUGUACAGAUUCCAAAAAACCUGUUUUUGUGUAUGAAUGGUUACGAUAUCUUGAUCGCAUACUACCCGCUACACAAAAGGCUGAUAUAAAAUCUGUACAGAAGAAGCUGAUUGAGCAGUUGACGACACGAAUUUUAGCUGCACCGGGGCCGCUUAUCAGAGAAUUGCUGGCAAAAUGUAUCGCACAGGUAUACUCAGUUGGAGAUACAUAUAGUCUUUUUGAAACAAUAAACACCUGCAACGAUAUCCUAAAAGGACGAGAUGAUUCGCCAACACAUCUCCCAGUCAAAUUGGCUGCUUUGCAUUGCUUAGGAGCAAUGUAUGAAACACUGGGUAGAUUGGUAGGUCGGAGUUAUGAAGAAUCUUUCCAUCAUAUGGCGAAGUGGCUGAAAAAUGCAGAGUCACAAGGACGCGCUGAACUAUUAUAUACAUUUGCUAAAAUGGUGAGAGGCCUGGGGAUUGCUGCUUCUUCCAUUCACAAAGAUUUGUAUAAAAUUCUGAAAACUCAAAUAUCAGAUCGAGUCAUGAUAGUGAGAACGGCUGCAGUUAAUUGUCUUAUUGUAUUAAUCCUGGAGUAUCCAUUUUUAUACACGAAUGAAGUGGAAAAUGUUUGUUCAUUAUGUUUCAAAGCUCUUGAAUCAAGUAAUUAUGAAGUACGUCACGCAGUGGCACAAUUAUUCGCUGCUUUAUUAUGUAAUGCUAUGAAUCCUCCAAGGCGGUAUAUAUCUGUUCCAGGCAGUAAAAAUCAGCACAAUGCUUCUUCCCUGAAGGUGUUAGCAAUUGAGGAUUGUUUCGGUAUGCUGUCACAUGGUUUUUUAAAAGGUGGGAUUGGUGGCUUUUUAAAAACUGGUGCCGUCGCAGUUACCGGUGGACAGAAAGAAAUACGCAUUGGAGUUGCACUUGCUUAUGUUGCGUUACUGAGAGAACUUGGCCCACUAUGGUUGGAAAAAAAUCUUGUAUUUGUUAUCAAACAUUUGAUGGAUGUCAUUGCAAAAUGUGGGCCAUUAGCCUAUACUAACAACCCUACCCAAACUGCUGAAGUGAUUUAUAUGCGACGAUGUAUUAGUUACAUAUUACGGAGUACUGUUGGCAUAGUGUUGGGUGAGCAAGCACAGAUUGCGGUUUGCCGACAGCUGGGCGCUGUUUUAGCCGAUUGUAUUAGUUCUUUUACUGAUUACAAUCUGGAUUCUGGAACGGAAAGAAUGCUUGGACCUGAAUCAUAUGCUAAUGCGCAAACAGCGAUCAUCGUUUUAUCGGAGAUUUCGUGUCUAGUUCGUCAAAUUGGUACUGCGGUGACACCUCUUUUUACCGAGGCAUCAGGUAUAAUGGAACCUGUAUUUGCUUGCCUUCUGCAUCCAGUGCAAACUGCUCGAAUAGCUGCUUCAUGGUGUUUGCGGUGUAUUACUGUUAGCGUUCCAUCACAGCUUACUCCCCUAAUUGAUCGAUGUAUCAGCAGAUUGGAACAUAUGAAGAGCUGUGGUGAUGCAAUUAGCGGCUAUUCGUUUGCACUGAGUGCUCUUCUUGUAAGUUCGGUGGAAUGUAAGCUCGGCAUCCCGCAUGCAAAGUCUAGGCAGGUUUUUACAAUCGCUGAAGAUAUGAUAAAAACAGCAUCACAAGCAAGUAGUUUGGCUCAAGUUAAAUCGCAGGCUGGUUGGAUUCUUGUUUCUGCUGUCCUCAGACUUGGUGGAACUACUGUACAUGAUUAUAUAGGACGUAUUUUACCGUUGUGGAAAAGUUCAUUUCCACGAUCAGUAAAGGAAGCAGAAGCUGAGAAAAAUCGUGGAGAUGCCUUUACAUGGUUCUGUACUCUUGAAGCUCGUAAUGGUGCUUUAACAUCAAUGACUAUGUUCGUAGAAUACAGUCCAAACCUAAUGACCGAUCACACUAUCAGAACGAUUAUUCAAGCUGUGGAAUGUUCGCUGAUCACAAUUUCACAUAUAUCUGCCCUUAUCAGAACUUUUGGGACGAAGUUACGUUCUUUGAUGACAUUUGUGCGUAUUCGAAUAUAUCAGUUGCUCAGCCAUAUAUCUCCAAAAUAUUACGAACAUACCUAUGCUUUGUUGUUGCGUGAAUUAGUUGCAGACUUGACUCUUUCGGAUAAUGGACAGUCAACUGCUACUACAUCCUUGUUGUCAUCACUUUGUCCGGGUGUAGAUAAGUCAUUACUCGGUGCAUGGCUUAAUGACACAGAUCAAGUCUUUAUUGAACUUGAGAUGCAUCCCUCACAGAACAUUAUUUGUGGUACCAUCGAUAAUGAUCCUCUUUGUAUUGUAAAAGUUACUAUUGAUGACGCUCUAUGGUGGCCUGAACCAUUGUGUCAUACCGUAACAGUGAUAAAUGAAGCGAUAAGUGUGUAUGGUCGAAUAUAUCCAUUUGUACCAUCGAAACAUCAACUACAAAUGACUGAACACUUUGCUAAGUGUAUCAAAGGAACCAAGAAUAUAAUUCGACAGCAAUCAAUACAAAAGAAUGUUUUUGGCUCCUUGCUUGCAUCAUUCAAAACUGUUUCGGAACAAAAAGGUUUACAUUUGGAGGGUCAAGCUUUACAAAAAGCCUACAUCAAUUUAAUAAUUCCGUGUCUCUCACAUGCAGUCCCCCUAAUAAGGUGUGCAGCAGCGGAAGCAUUGGGUCGUUUAGCACAGGUUGUUGGUGAUGCCCAGUUUGUGGCGAGCAUGGCACAAUAUAGUUUCGAUAAAUUAAAAAGUUGUCGCGAUGCUAAUAACAGGACAGGUUAUGCUCUAACUCUUGGAUCACUGCAUCGUUACGUCGGGUCUCUGGGCAGUGGUCAACACUUAAAUACUAGUGUUUCGAUCUUAUUGGCCUUGGCACAAGAUACUACUUCGUCUCUAGUACAGUCAUGGUCGCUGGUUGCAUUGGGUUUGAUCGCUGAUACCGGUGGUGGAAUGUUUCGUGGUUAUGUUGAGCCAAGUUUAAGCCUCUGCUUGAAGUUGUUACUGGAUACACCACCUUCAAAUGUUGAUGUAAUACGGUGUACUGGGAAAUUCGUGUCUGCACUGAUCAGCACGAUGGGACCGGAGUUACAGCUUGUUGGUGCUGUGGAAGGAACGCGAACAUCAUUCUUGAUAGGAAGUGUUAUGAUGUUGAAUAGCAGUGAUUCUCUGGUCCAAGCAGAAGCAAUAUCCUGUUUACAACAGCUUCAUCUUUUUACGCCCAGACACGUACAUCUUGAUCGGCUUGUUGUUCGACUUUGUAAAUUACUGUCAAGCCCACAUUUAAUUUUGCGAAAAGUAUCUGUUUGUUGCCUAAGACAGCUUGUUCAACGAGAAGCGAAAGAAGUGCGUGAGCACUCUCAGACUCUCGUACCACAGGGAAUCAUGAAUAAUAUGGGACGAAAUGUGGAAUCAGGGUUACCAGAAACUGGUUUAGAAGGGGCCCUUCUGGCUAUGCUCGAUGUUGAAACCGAUAUUAAACUCAAGCAGGAUAUUAAAGAAACUUUGAUUUCGCUUGUGCAAGCAGUAAGCACAGAUUUUUUAAGCUAUUGGUUAUCUUUAUGUAAAGAUAUCUUAGCAUCAUCUAUGGGUGCAGAUGUGCGAAGUGCCAUACAGGCUGAAGAAAAAGGCUCCAGUAACGUCAAAGAUGAGGAGGAUGAGCAUGAAAAUAUGGAUGACGAUGUAACGCUGCAAUCAGCAAGUAUUGUAAGUCGGGAGGAGAAAAUGAAAGUGAUUCCCCGCUGGCCAAGUCGAGUAUUUGUUACAGAACUUGUACAAAGAGUGAUGUCUGUCUGCGAGACCGAACGGGCGCAUUUUGAUCUUGCUCUUGCUAAAGAAUUACAAAUUUCUUCUGGUGGUCGAGCUGAUUACUUGGUCCUUCACUUAUCCGACUUAGUAAGGAUGUCAUUUAUGGGAGCAACCAGUGAUAAUACAAGUUUGCGUCUUGCCGGACUGGCUUGCUUGCAGGAUGUGAUCAAUCGGUUCUCAUCGAUACCAGAACCUGAAUUUCCUGGUCAUGUUAUCCUGGAACAAUUUCAAGCACAGGUAGGUGCAGCUUUGCGACCGGCAUUUACAGCCGAUACCCCUAGUGAUGUUACUGCUGCUGCCUGUCAAGUAUGCAGUACUUGGAUCGGGAGUGGUGUUGCCCAAGAUUUAAACGAUCUGCGACGAGUUCAUCAGCUUCUAGUUUCAUCUCUUGGCAAACUGACCCAUGGAUCAAUUAAUACGCAACUUUAUAGCGAAAGUGCUGCAACUUUGGAAAAAUUAGCAAUUCUUAAGGCUUGGGCAGAAGUUUACAUUGUUGCUGUAGAUCAGAAAAAGCAGAAAAAAGUUGUGAACGCUGUUGCGGUGAAAAAUGAGGAGAAAUGCAGCUCUUUACAAGAAAGUUUAUUGAGCUUGGUUUCUCCCGAGCUCAAUUCGUUGAUUAACUGUUGGUUAGCAGCCCUACGUGACUCUGCUCUUCUUUCACUUCCACCUGAAUUCAAAAAUCAGUUACCGCUUGAAGGUGGAGCUUAUUAUACUGCUGAAUGUGCUGACUUUUGCAAGGAAUAUUAUCGAGUCAGUUGGCCUCCGAUACUGCUGGCUGCCUGCAUAUGGUUGAAGCAGAACGAUUUCGAACUUCAACAAAAGUCCGAUGAUUCAGAGGAUUUCACGAUAGAUAAGACAAGGGAAACUCAUUUUCACAUAAUGCUCGGAAUAUGCAUUGAAACUCUUUGUUCAAAUCGUACAUAUUCUCUUUGUCUGCGAUCAUUGAGGAAUCUUUUGGCCUGCAAUUGGUCGCAAAGAGUUUUGAUGAGGAAUGCUCAAUUACCAAUAGAAGUAAUAAAUGUACUUUACAGACUUAUUUUAACUCGAGAAAAUUUACGAACUCAGCAGCUUUGUGCGGACGUAGUUAUGAUAGUUCUUGAUGCUGCUCAAUAUUCAAUAACACUUGAUAAUGAUAAAGGUCAACAGAAAAGUACUGUUAAGGAUGGUUACAAAGGAGCGGAAGGGACGUCUGAUGGUCUACGACCUGUCGGUUCUUUGGCAUUUGCUGUUUUGGAAGUUGCUCUUUGCCUUUUGGUUAGACAGAUUCCCCAAAUCAAUUCAGCAUUAAUGAAAAGUAAAUCAGCAGCGCCACUUCAUUAUCGGAGAUAUUCCCGCCUUCCCAUUGAAUCGAACAAUCUUAUAAAAAUUGGUCUCAAUAUUCUCACUCGUAUUCCAGUGCUAUGUUCAUCCGAUGGUGUCGUUGUGGUUCUUCCAAGCAUUCUGUACCUGAUUUUAGGAGUUUUGCAUGAAUCUUCUCUCAUUGACAGGGAGCAGUUAGUUCCUGACGCUCCAUUUGGGCAUGUCUCUAUUGCUGCUGCUACAGCCAUGCAGGUAUUGAAAACGUUGCUGAGUACUACUCCAAAUGAUUCAACAUUUCCCAAAUGGUUAUCAGUAAUGAAAAGUACUUUAAUUUCACUGCUUAAUAUGACUGAAGAUUCAAAAAUUGACGGUGCAGUGAUAAUGUUAGCAGUUGCAGUAUUCAUCACUUCAUCACCUCCUCAGUUAGUUAUGGGCAACACUGGUCUUUUGAAAAGAAUAUGCAAAUUAUUCCAAACAUAUUUGGAAAGUGAGCAUAAGCAGGUAGUGGUUAAAUGCAUGCAAAGUCUGGCUUCCAUUUUUGGUCGACGUGAAAUAUGUUAUCCAUUUAUCGCAGAACUUGUUCCUAAAAUACUGAAAAGAAUUCGACCUUUUGUGACAAGUAAUGCGGAAGGGAUUCCAGAAAUUCCACAGGCAGAAGACGUGGUCAUUCUUCAAGAAGCAGUGCGCAUUUUAGAGAUUGCCCUUUCGGUCGCUAACCAAAAGAAACAAUUGGCAAUUGUAAAUCUUAUAGUUCAACUGUUGGGUACAUUUUUGUGUGAUAAUCCAGUUACAUAUUAUCGAGUGCUACCAAUAUCUGCACGUAAACUACAUGAUUAUGCACUUGAUAGAUUAAAUGCAGUAGGUCCUUCCCACCCAGACGAAUUCAAACAAGUAUUGUUGUCCUUUCCAGCACUCAAAUCGAAGAUUGAAGAAUCCAUACGAUAUCACAGUAGUCGUUCUACACAGCAAACACAACGUGUCACCGGUGCGGGAAAAUGCGAACAUAUGCCGCUACCAGUUUCAAAAUCGGCAGCUAUAAAAUUAAAAUUGGAUUUCAGAGCUUUUAAUCCUGCUAACUAG